AUGAAAAAUCGCAGCGACGAGAAAAAGGGUCUCACCAAAUCUGUGCUGCAAGACCCCGAUGCCCUUGAAAAGCGCCGAAAAAGGUUUUUAAAGGACCAGGAUCAAAUAAGACGGACAAAGAAUGCAGAGUUCGGCCUGAUAAGCCGAGGGGAGGACCUCCGGUUGCAGCAGAGCCAAUCUGCUCGAAAAGAUCUCUUUGCCAAAAUCCAGUCCAACAUCAAAUCCAAGGCCAAACCCGACUUGGUGCUCAUGGACUUCCGCAAAUUGAGGGAGAGCCUUCUUUCUCAGCCGCACACCGAGUUUGCAAAAGACGUGUUUGUGAGCUCGAUCCGUUAUUCUGCGUCAAUAGGCCAUCAUCAGUCAUACGUUCCCAGCAUAUUGCAUCUAAUAGAAGCGGAGAAAAAACACCAAUUCAUGUCCAGCAGUCAAAGGGAACAGGUGCUGCUGAUUCUAGCGCUACACAAGUCUCACCACAACGGAGAAUUUGAGCCAGUGUUCGAGUUGCUCUUGCAAAACUUUGACAUUUCACCAAACUUUGAAAAUCCCGCCUCAUGCGACGCCGAGGCCGCGUUCUUUGCAACUUACGCCCUUAUGAUUAAAGACUUUUAUCUCUGGACGCGCCAAUAUAACUCUCUGUCGGAAAAUUCGUGCUACAAGUCAGUAAUGGGUCUUAGACUUAAAGCGUUCAGACAGACGGAAAUCGACACGCUGCAUCGAUCGUACUUUACGCUGAACAAACGAGUGCUACUGGAACUCGUUAACACGUCGUGGGAGGAACUGUGCAAAGAUCACAAUAUCCCGUGGACGCUGGAGAACGACACCGUCACUAUCCGUCGCAGAAAAUAG